AGCCAGGAACUCACUAUAAAAUUCCACUCCCUUUCCAUCAUCUUCUCGCACCAGCACCAGCACCACUAUAAUGGCAGGAAAUGGUUCGGUUAAGCUUUUGGGGGUGUGGCAGAGUCCUUACUUGAACCGGGUUCAAAUCGCCCUUAAUCUCAAGUCAAUUGAUUACGAAUAUCUCAAGGAACAAGAAACACUGGUCCCAAAGAGUGAGCUGCUUCUGAAAUCAAACCCAGUUCACAAGAAAAUCCCAGUAAUGAUCCAUGACGAUAAACCCAUAUGCGAGUCCCUUAUCAUAGUCCAAUACAUCGACGACCAAUGGACAUCCUCCGGUCCGACCAUCCUCCCAACCGAUGCAUAUGAUCGAGCCAUUGCCCGUUUCUGGUCUGCCUAUUUAGACGACAAGUUGUUUCCUAGUUUGAGAGAGUACUGUAUUACGGCGCCAGAGGAAGAAAAACCGAGUAAAUUGGAGAAGGUAAAGGAAGGGUUAGGCUUGUUAGAGGAAGCUUUUGUGAAAACCAGCAAAGGGAAGACAUAUUUUGGAGGAGAGAAUAUUGGGUAUCUGGAUAUUUCAUUUGGAAGUUUAUUAGGGUGGUUGAAAGCAGGGGAGAAGAUGAUGAAUGUGAAGUUUCUAGAUGAAUCCACCACACCUAAUCUUGUGGCAUGGGCAGAUUGUUUCCUUUCGCACGAGGCUGUGAAGGGUAUUAUCCCGGAGACGGAAGCACUCGUUGAGUUGGCCAACAAGUUUGUGGCCAUGGCGAAAUCAAAAACUGAAAACUAGUCCCUGUGUUUUUUAUAUGAUUGUUUGAAGAAAC